UAUAGAGAAUACAUCCCCACUAAUUUUCUCAUCUUUCAUACCAAAUAUAUCCGAAUUGAGUUAAUCUGUCGUAGUUUGCCAUUGAAAGAUGGGUUCAAAGACGAAGAUAGCAAGGGUUAUCCUAGGAAUGUUGGCCGUGAUCCUUCUUAUCUCCUCAGAGGUGGCAGCCAGGGAUUUAAAAGAGGGUGAGGUUGUCAAAGAGACUAAUGAAGAGAAUGAUGCCAAAUUAGUUGGUGGUGGGGAUGACAUCUAUGAAAAUAUCAAUUGUGAGCGUUACAAAUUUGUGGAUUUAAACCCGACCAUUGGUUGCCCCUGUGGCUGUUGUAAGUUGUAUAUAGUACUGCAGUUAGUUUGCGUACAUUGCUGCCCAAAAACUCGGAAUUGAGACGGUGUAGUCCAUCAAUAAAACUAAUCUCAUGUUGUACGUGAGAUGCAUGCAUGAUAGACAACAAUGACGGUGUCUUUCUUACCACUAGAGAUAUUUCACAAGUAGCAAAUUGUUAAAAAUUAAGCUUCUCACAAAUAAAAUAUCCACAUUUAAA